CGCGGCCCCGUAGCGGUCUGCGCGCCCGGCGGAGGCAGCAGACGAGCCUCGGGACCUGCCGCCUCUCUCUCCCUCCCUCCCGCGGGGCCAGCAUGCGGGGCCUGGUGGUCGCCGCGUUCCUCCUGCAGAGCGUCGCCGGCUCGGGCGCGUUCGCCGCAGGGAGGAGAAAUGUGGACCCCGAAACGAACAUGAACAUCAGUCAAAUUAUUACCUUCAGGGGAUACCCUCGUGAGGAGUAUGAAGUGACAACAGAAGAUGGGUAUAUCCUUUCUGUUAACAGAAUUCCUUAUGGAAGAAAAGGCCAUGAGAGAAGCAAAGGUCCAAGGCCUGCUGUGUUUCUGCAGCAUGGUUUGCUUGCAGAUGCCAGCAAUUGGAUCACUAACUUGGAUUACAACAGCCUUGGCUUUAUGCUGGCAGACGCUGGCUAUGAUGUAUGGCUGGGAAACAGCAGAGGGAAUACCUGGUCCAGGAAACACACACACUUCACAGUGAAGCAAGAAGAAUUCUGGGUUUUCAGCUUUGAUGAAAUGGCCAAGUAUGACAUUCCAGCCUCAGUGGACUUUAUUUUGAAGAAGACUGGCCAGGAACAAGUAUUUUACAUUGGCCAUUCACAGGGCACCACAAUGGCUUUCAUUGCUUUUUCAACUUUGCCCCAGCUGGCUAAGAAAAUCAAAAUGUUCUUUGCCUUGGCACCAGUAGCUACAGUCAAGUUUGCCACUAGUCCUCUGGCAAAAUUGGGAGUGUUUCCUGACCUGCUACUCAAGGACAUGUUUGGAAAGAAACAAUUCCUCCCUCAGAAUUCUUUGCUGAAGUGGCUUGCUACCCAUGUUUGCACACACAGAAUACUUGAUGACCUUUGCGGCAACUUAUUCUUUCUUCUGUGUGGUUUUAAUGAGAGGAACUUGAAUAUGAGCCGAGUGGAUGUGUAUUCAACACACUGCCCUGCAGGGACAUCUGUACAAAACAUGAUCCACUGGAGCCAGGCUGUGAAGACUGGGGAACUCAAAGCUUAUGACUGGGGAAGCAAGGCUGCAAAUAUGGCUCACUACAACCAGUCUACUCCCCCUUUCUACAAAAUAAAAGAGAUGACUGUACCAACUGCGGUGUGGACUGGUGGACAGGACUGGCUGGCAGACCCAAAGGAUGUUGCUAUGCUACUCACUCAGAUCACAAACUUGGUUUACCACAAAAACAUUCCAGAAUGGGAACAUUUGGAUUUCAUCUGGGGCCUUGAUGCACCUUACCGCAUGUAUAAUGAAAUAAUUAACAUGAUUAGGAAGUAUCUCUAAACUGGCAUGAAAUCCUCAUUGUGUCCUGCUGAUUUUGCACACAGUGGCAUGGUAUUCAAAAACCAGCAGUGUUACUUUGCACAAAAGGAGUAUGUCAUGUGCAUAUAAAUUUAGUGACAUGUCUGAAAGACAAGUUAGUCCAUUCAGCACCUCAGGUGCUUGACGAUUAAACCAGUAAGUAUUUCACUGUGCAUAAAACACUGCCAUUUCUCAGUGUGUUGCCACUACUGAGUACCUUUCAGAGGUACUCUUUGUACUGCAGUGACCCAUUUGGUGCUGGUACUUUAAAAAGCACUUAGUGACUUUUUUGCUGUGUUAUUGUUUUAGCCAUCACAUACAAGCUAGCUACAUCAGGUGACUUUCUUUUUCAAUAUUGUCCAGAAGAUUUGUCAUGAAGCCAGAGAAGAUCACCACUGUCAGUUGAAAUCUAUUUUGGCACUGAUUCAUUGCUGCAUUUUUCUUGAUUUAACAGUGUCCCUGAAGCCUUUCAUGUUUCACGUACCAGCUAUGGAUAAGGAUUGUUAUUUGUCCUUGCAGAUUCCUGGAACAAGAGAAGCGGUUAAAAGAAAUACCACUUUCAGUUAGCUUUGUCAAUGGGUUAUGGCUUUCAAGGAGAAUGAUGUAACAUACUUGUGUUUUGUUUUCUUUGCACUGACCACUAGAAAACAAGCUCCCCCGGUAUACUACUGGUGAGGGAAGAGCCAAAGCAUUAAUUCUAUGGCUUGAGUGACUUAAUUUGCAUGGACUUUUCCCCUUAAUCAUCUGCUACUUUGAAGAUCUGUUUAUUUCUUAGCUGCUUAGGUGUUGCUUGCCACCAUUGUGCUCAGGAACUGUACAACACCCUGGUGAAGCCUGGCAAUAUUAACGGCAGUUUCCAUUUGUCUCAGUUUCUACUUCAAAAUGGGGCUAAGACCCCAUUUAAUGGGGGGAGAGAAUUCACGUCUCUUUCAGGGGUCUGACUUUAGAGCUGUAAUUGUCUGCAGUAUAGGUGCCUUGCUCUUUCCAUUGACCAUGCAGAGGACUUUGGGUCCUCUGAAUUGCACAAAAGUUCCAUGCCAAAUGUAGAUGUAUGAACAAUGUCCAGAGUCAGUUGCCUCAGUCCGGAUGAUAAUUUCUGUGCCAUGGCUGGAUUCAACCCAGACUUCUGUCAGUAAUCCCAACAGGAUAAAAAGCCUUUUCUACAUGGCAUAGAAAAUAGUGCAUUUUAAGCUGAAGCAAACUUUUUUUGUAAAAAAAGAUGCAAAAAUAUGCAUUAGUUAUAAAUUAGGUUUUGUUUAUUUAGGGUUUUUUAUUCCUAAUUCAGACUCAUGGAAUCCUCAGGCUUUGUUUAAGGAAAAAGUUGUUCAUGAUAUUUCAGUUGUGAUUCCUAGCAGGACCUCUUAAGUUUGCUUUAUAUUUGUAGCAACCAUACUUGCUUCACCUUGCUGUGCUGAAAGGAAGUUUCUGUAGGACUCCACAGUGGGUAACUUAGCAGUUGUGAGGGUAUGUGAUACAGCAAGAGCCAUGUGCAUCAUGUUUAUUAAACUUGAGUACUUCAAUAAACAUGAGACUUGCUUGGAGUUUGGAGC